AUGAUCAAAAAUAUUCUGCUUACUAGCUUUUAUGGGAUUAUUGUUGUUUUAAGUUUGAUUUUAAUCUACGUUCAAAGAAAAAUCAAAAGAUUAAGGCAUAACCCUGGCCAAAUUAUCUUUGGAAUUCUUGUUUCUCAAUCUGUACAUUUAAUAAUACUAAUUAGAUUAUGAGUCUUUUUAUUGUGUUCAGCCAAUUUUAUAAUGUCGAAGAUUCUUAAGAUCAAUAGGAAUAUAUGUUAUCAAUCAAUGAAAGCAUUUGUAAAUUAAUUGCAGCCCCGUCUUUGAUGGUCUCACUUAUUUACAAUUUAUUGAAUAUUUUGCUGAUAGCCAACCUAUAUUGUUAAAUAUAUGCUAAGAAUUACAAUGAAAUCAAUAUACAAAAAGAAAUCAAGAUAGGGAUACUAGCAGUGGUAUUGAUAUCUUUGUUACUUGUGCUUGUAUUUGAUGAAUUAGGUUUUAGGUAUAAAUUAUACAUUGACUAGUAUUUUAGGAGAUUGCAACUUAGAAUCACACAAUGUUUUUGCAACAUUUUUGGUCUAUCUAAGGAGCGUUCUCAUUAUAAUUUUAUCUACAAUGUUAAUAAAAUUGUUAAAGUACCCACCAGAGAUAUUGUAAACAGAAAUUUAUAAAACCGUUAUUGAUAAGUUCAUAAAGAAGUACCUACAAACCUACAUCAAAGUAAAUGUGGCUUAUGGGCUGCUAUACGUAUUUGCCAGAUUGCUGAUUGUAUAAUUAAUCACCAUAAUCGAUUAGCCAGUUGUAAUCAAUUACAUUGAGAGCGAUCAAAAAUUGAUGUCUGUUUGCUAAUUCAUUCAGGUUAUUGCUACUUUAAUAAUGACUAUAAUCCGAUUACAUGAACCUAUCAUCCAUAGGCACUUUAGACAUCUAUUUCGACCAAAAAAGUUGGUGUUGCAUCAGAGACUGCUUGAGAAGAAUGAUGACGAGAGGGAAGACACACUCCAAAGGUCUUAUGACAACAUACAGAUUGAGACUAUUGGACAAGACAUAAAUAGCAUAGGAAUAAAGGUGUAUAGAUAAAAAAAGAUCAAUUCAAUGUUAUUGUCUUUGGAAUAGUUUUAGCCUCCUUAAUUACUACCUCAGGAAUCAACUUAUGAAGAUCCAUAAUAGAAUUUAGUUAGCAUUUAACAUCAGGGUCAUAAUCAAUUGAGUUUAUUUUUAUAGGCAAGUUUUGAAAUGUUUGAAGAGUAUCAGUAUUGCUAAAAUGAUGAGAUGACCAGUUACUCAUUUAACAAAAUGUAAUAGAAAUCUAUUAAAAUAAACCAUCAUGACCUAUUGAUUACAACUUAUGGAUAAGAUAUUCUGAGUUACAAAUUGAGAGAAUACUUUGGAAUAACCUUGAAAUAAAUAAAGAAAUCAUUAGACAAAGAAUAGAAUAUUGAAUGUCUGAAAUAAGAAGAAGUUAAUUAUGCUGGAACUCUGUUUUUGACGCAUGAUAAUUUGAUUUCCAUGGAAUUUAUAACAAAUGAGUAGAAAAGACAAUUAACUAAGGGCGGAGGAAUGCAAUAAUUGUGGUUAAGAUAUGAGUAGGAAUUUAUAUGUGAGUUGGGAAUCUUCUUACCAGUAAUAAUCGGUUUGCAUUCAUAUUAUCUGGAUGAUGAUUAUUAUACUUUGGUAUUUAAAUUGAAUAGACUUAAAUUGAAAUACCCCUUAAUUGAGGAGCAAUGGUCACAAUAGUGUGUAUUAAAUAGGUUAAUAUCUUAAAAUAUCAUUGGCUGGAUAACUAUUGACAAUGGAAUUUACAAUAAAAGAUUUCUAGCAAGAGAAGUUUCAGAUUUGAAUUAUAAGAUUGUACUUAAAAGGAGUGACUAUUUAAUUGAUGAAAAUGAUAAGUACUCUCUGAUAGAUAUGAUAAAACGAGAUUACGUCACUUUACAAUAAAUGAAAUGCUCUAUGACAAUUCAUUUUAUAUUUACAAAGCACACAUCAUCAAGAUUGAAGACUCUAGUAAGAAAGGAGAAAUUGAUUGAUCAAGAUUAAUCAAUUGAAACAUAAACUAAACGACAAUCCAAUUCAUAUAUUGGGCAAAUGGCAUCUUUUGAAUUGAAGACCAAAUUAGGAUACGUUGAAGUAUUUUGGGAUGAUUGUUGGAAAUAUUGUGAUUCAAACAUUGAUAAAGUUUUGGAAAUCAUCAAUAAUAAAUUCUGA